AUGCGUCGCUCUUGUCUUGUAGGGCCAACGAAUGAGCGUCAGAAGGCCGUUGUAGCAGCUUUUCAACAUGCGUGGCAAGGUUAUCGUAAAUUCGCUUGGGGUCAUGAUCAACUCAAGCCGAUCUCUGGCGGAUAUUCGGAUUGGUUUAAUACUGGAUUGACGAUUGUCGAUGCUUUGGAUACUGCUAUCAUUAUGGGGCUCAAGGAAGAAGUUAGACAAGCUACUGGUUGGAUCCACGACGCCCUUACUUUCGAUAAAGACGUGUACGUAAACCUCUUUGAGACCACUAUCCGAACUUUAGGUGGUCUUUUGAGUGCGUAUCAUCUCACGGGUAAUAAGGUU